AUGUCGUCGCCGGAAGAGUCCCCGCCGUCCAACUCGACCUCCACGCCGCCGCCCCCUCCGUCGUCCUCCGACUCUCCGCCGCCGCCGUCCUCCGACACGCCCUCGCCGCCGUCCCCUCCCUCCGACUCCGGCGGCGGCGGCUCCUCCUCGUCCCCCUCCCCGGAUUCCAGCCCGUCCCCGCCCCCUCCGGCUUCCGACGGCGGAGGCAGAUCCUCAGCGUCGCCUCCUCCGCCGCCAAGGGACGAAUCUUCGCCGUCUCAUCCGCCGCCGCCGCCGCCGCCGGCGAGGUCCUCGGGUGGAAGCGAGAGGGGCAACACGCCGCAAAUCUUGAACGGCUCGAACAACAACGAUAACAGCAAUAAUAAUAAUAGAAAUGAUAAUUCGGAUCAGACGGCGGUUAUAGCUGGAGCGGCAGCGGGGGCCGGGCUGCUGAUCCUUAUCGUGAUCGUGUUCAUGGUGAUGUGUUGCAGAAGGAAGAAGCGCAAACCUCAUGGGGAGAUGAAGUACUACAUGGACAAUCCACGUGCUAAUAUGAGCAACAAUUACUACACCUCCUCAAACUGGCAAAAUGACGGCCGACCCAACUGGCAGAACAACGGCCCGCCCACGGACCGCAUGGGCAAGCCCCCGCCGCCUCCCCCGGGCAGCGCCGGCGUCAGCUCCGAGCACAGCUGGCAGAUCGCGCCUCCGCCCCCUCCGCCGCCCAUGAUGAGCAGUAGCGAGCUGAGCUCUGCAGGCUUUUCCGGCCCCAAUGGGGCGGCCCUCCCACCGCCUCACCCGGCCAUGGCCCUUGGUUUCAACCAGAGCAGCUUCACUUACGACGACCUGUCGGCUGCCACCGCCGGUUUCGCCCAGUCGAACCUUCUCGGGCAGGGAGGAUUUGGGUAUGUCCACAAGGGGGUGUUGCCUAACGGGAAGGAGAUUGCCGUCAAGAGCCUCAAGGCCAACAGCGGCCAAGGGGAGCGCGAGUUCCAGGCAGAGGUUGAUAUCAUCAGUCGCGUCCACCACCGGCAUUUGGUGUCAUUGGUCGGGUACUGUAUAGCAGGGACCCAGAGGAUGUUGGUUUACGAAUAUGUGCCGAAUAAGACGCUGGAGUAUCACCUUCACGGAUCUGGUUGCCCGACAAUGGAUUGGCCUACCCGGCUUAAAAUCGCGUUGGGAUCUGCUAAGGGGUUUGCAUAUCUUCACGAAGAUUGUCAUCCUCGGAUUAUCCACCGUGAUAUAAAAGCUGCAAACAUUUUGCUUGAUCUAAACUUCGAAGCCAAGGUUGCCGACUUUGGAUUGGCUAAACUUUCUUCGGACAACUUCACUCACGUUUCAACUCGGAUAAUGGGAACUUUCGGGUACUUGGCUCCCGAAUAUGCAUCGAGUGGAAAACUUACCGAGAAGUCCGAUGUGUACUCAUACGGCAUCAUGCUUCUCGAGCUCAUUACCGGACGACGCCCGGUCGACAUCAAUAGCGAUGAUGAUGGUUUAGUUGAUUGGGCUAGGCCAAUUUUGGUUCGGGCAACCGAAGGAGGAAGUUUUGAUGAGUUGGUGGACCCACGACUCGGGAACAACUAUGAUCACCAAGAGAUGUUGCGUGCCGUGCUUUCUGCCGCCGCCUGUAUUAGGCAUUCUGCAAGGAGACGCCCUAAAAUGAGCCAAGUCGUGCGUGCCCUCGAGGGAGAUGUCUCUCUAGAGGACCUCAACGGGGGGCUAAAAACCGCGCACAUCGCCAUGUUUGGAUCGAGUGGUGACUCUGAGAUCGACUUGAAGAAGCUCGGCGUUAGGGGACUCAACAGCCAAGAGUUCAACAGCAGUGAGGACGGGCACACGGGAGAAUUCCUCCGCACAAGCGGUGAAAAUUCUCGAGAGUUUGGGUCGAGCCUGCAGGGCGGACGAGUGCGCAGCCCACAAAUGUGAAAAAACGUGCACUACGAAAAAACAAACAAAAGCAAAAAUACAAAAAAAAAAAUAUGAAAUUGAAUUGUGUUGUUACAACCUUUGGGAAAAAAAACAUAUGGAUUCUUUUCAUCUUCGAUUUGUAAUUAGUGUUUCGUCUAUUGUGUUGCAAUUUAGCACGUGUUUUACGUGUGAACAAAAAUGAUGCUAUUGAAUUUCAUGCACGUGCCAUUUGCGGAGGGGAGAAACACAAAGGAAUAUGAAAUUGGUGGUGGUAUGAAGGCACG